AAGAUAUGUUAAAGCCCUUGCUGGAAGACUCGGCUGAGAGGUUUGUGGAGACCCUAUUUGCAGAUGUAGCAGGUUUUCAAGGUGGAAGUAAAGCUUCAAAGAGAACCAGUAAAGAUGAUGAUGGAUAUGAGGGACACAAGAAGCGUUCUAAAUUCUCUCACUUUCCCGGUGAAGACGAGAAUGGAGUCAAGUUUUCAAAGAGUCAGCCCGAGGCUCUGAGAAAUGAUGCUCUGGAGAAAGCCAAGAAAGCUGCUGAGAUACAAGCACGCAUACAGGCAACUAUGAUGAGUGCUGGGUUAGGUGGUUUGAAACUACCACCUAUGCCUGGAAUACCACAAGCACCUGCAAUACCUAAAGUACCAGCUCCUAAAGAAGAUACCAGUCAGACUAAACCACCACCAGCUGUUCUCACUAAACCAGCACCAUUGAUUCUUGAUGAUCAAGGUAGAACAAUUGAUAAAUCAGGACGUGUUAUCAUACUACCGCAACACAGACCAACAAUUAAGGCUAACAUCAGAGCCAAACGGAGAGAAGAAUUUAAGGCCAAUCAGCAGGAAAAACCACAGGACUUCUCUUCUGACUCCAACCAAUUCUUUGAUCCAAGGGUAGCACCAGCAGUUGGUAGAGCAAGCAGAAAGACAUUUAAGUUUCAUGAAAAGGGCAAGUUUGAACAGGUUGCACAGAGGAUAAGGGCCAAGUCACAAUUAGAGAAGCUUCAGAAUGAGAUCUCUCAGGCAGCUAAAAAGACUGGAAUUACAUCAGCAACCAAACUAGCAUUAAUUACACCAAAGAGAGAAGUGAGAGAGAAUGAAGUACCAAGUGUUGAAUGGUGGGAUAGUUUCAUCCUCCCCACAGAGUCAUAUUCAGAUGUGAUUAGAGACACAUCUCAUGGGAGUGGAAAGUUUGUAGGCAUUACUAAUUUGGUAGAACAUCCUAUCCAGAUUGAACCACCAGCUGAGAAGAAAGAUGUUGAGCUUCCUAUUUAUCUGACAAAGAAAGAGAUGAAGAAGCUAAGGAGACAGAGGAGGAGAGAAGGAUUAAAAGAAAUGCAAGAAAAGAUCAGAAUGGGACUUGAACCACCACCAGAACCAAAAGUACGGAUGGCAAACCUAAUGAGAGUUUUGGGUACAGAAGCUGUACAGGAUCCUACUAAAGUAGAAGCACAUGUCAGAGCUCAGAUGGAGAAGAGACAAAGGACACAUGAGGAAACCAAUGCAGCAAGGAAGCUCACUGCAGAACAACGGAAAGAGAAGAAGGAACGCAAGAUAAGAGAAGACAUUUCAUCAGGUGUCAAUGUCAAUGUGUAUCGGGUGUUGAACUUGAAUAAUCCAGCUAAACGUUUCAAGGUUGAAGCUAAUGCCCAGCAGCUUCAGAUGACAGGGAUAGCAGUGGUGCAUAAAGAUAUGAACUGUGUAGUGGUAGAAGGGGGACCAAAGCAACAGAAAAAAUUCCAGCAAUUGAUGUUACAUAGGAUCAAAUGGGGUGAGGAUAAAAGGAGCAAACAGAAUGAUUAUGACUCCGGAGAUGAAUCAGAUAAAUCCAAUCAUUGUCAGCUGAUGUGGACUGGAAUGAUCAAACAACGUAACUUCAGUGAGCUUCAUUUCAAGAUGUGUCCAACAGAAGCUAUGGCUAGAGAACAAUUUAAGAAGCAUAAUGUGGAGCAGUAUUGGGACCUUGUUCACAGUCAAAGUGUUCUGGAAUCUACAGAUUCAUGAUGGAUAAACAGUUUGUACAAAUCAAUCAUCAAAGCAAAAUGUCGGUAUCUUUGUCUUUUUCAGAAGUGAAUAUUAUUUUAAAAGUUUUUAUUUUUUUCUUAAAGCAUGUUUCAUUUAGGACAUUUUUGAAGAAUCUCCCAAUAAACCAAAAAGCAACUUGACAUUUUUCACAUAACAUGCACAGUGUCAUGGCCAAAAGAGGUCUGAGGCCCUUUUUUAGUAAGAGUUGCAUUCAUACACAUGUUUGAUUGGUUGAAAAUCAAGUUGUGUUUGAUUUUAUGAUUUGCGUUUGUUUGCAACUCUUUUUUUACAACAUGGUCCCUGUAACACAGAACUUAGAAUGUGAUAUUAAAGUUGAUUUGUACAAUUGAUUGCUUGUGAUUGAUACAAAUUUGUGUUAUUUGGGCUUGAUCUAAAGCGAUUGCUUUUUUGUCUUGCCUCCCAUCUUCUGAUGUUCUAGAUCUGUUUCUCAAGGUGGGCCGUUUUUUUUUUGGGGGGGUGGGGUUGUAUCACUCUAAUUAGGCUCAGACAGGAUAGCAGCAAAUUAAUUUUAAAAGUUAUUUCUUUUAUUGAAACUUAAAAAGUAUUUGUUGACACUAUUAUUGCUUAGUUUCAUUCCCCCAAGGUUAUUGUGAUCUUAGGUGAAUAUACACAUAUCUUUGAAAUCGGUUUUACAAAAUACACCAAAAGUUUAUAAAAAUCAAAAGGAUAGACUUUAGAAUUGGCUAAGGAGUACACUUUUUCAAAAUGUCAGAUCACAUGAACUUUAUCAGUCUCUGUAAUUUAUAGCAAGGCUGAAUGACUUUUUUGGUGAAAACCUACCAAAACCUCAUAAACUUUCAUGCCAUCAAGGCCUAAUGCAACCAAAGUGUGUUUGUUCUCGGUGAAUCCUGUACAGGAUACAAUUAUAAAUACUUUUCAGCAUUAAUCAUAAUUGAUAAAGCUUCUUAUAUUGAACUCAAGUCAAAUUCUUUCCAAGCAUCUAGGUAUAAAAGUAUUUUGGUUUCUUUUGUGAAAGAAUGAGAGUUAUUCAUUGAAGAUGAUGUGAUCCCAUUUUGAGAUUGUGUCUAAUUGUCAUGAAAAGCAAAGGUACUUUCAUGCUUUAUUGCUCUUUCUGUUUCUAUCUCUCAAGCUAAUGGAGAUACAGCAGUUGAGACUGGCCACAGGAUAAUAUCAACACUGUUCUGGUAACGAGUCUUUUAAGUCACAUCUAAGUAUGUUAUCUAUUUCAGUGUUUGAACAUUUUUAUUACUCUGUCAAUGGAGAUGCUGUUGUAUAGUAUGAAUAUCUUCAUUUGAUAUCAAGGGGUAUAGUAUUUUGAUCUUGCAUACUAAGUUCAGUAUAGCUUCAAUAAUUCUGUCCAGUUAUCUUGAGCGUCUGUGAUUGCAAACUCAUUUACCCUAUACAGAUUGGUAAAUUCUGCAGUGAAAAGUGUUAAUUGAAAUUAACUUUGCAAAAGUAAAAAAAAUAUGUAUAAACUGAAUAUACAAUAAUUUUUUUGCUAGGUAAUAUUUUGUUAAUGAAUAUUGGGAGGUGAUUGAUGAAUCCCAGCAUUCCAAAGAAGUUUUAUCUUGACUUGGGGCCUGGAUUGACCACCCAAAUGGUUAUUUUUGCUCUUUUGAAAGCAAAUCGUGAAUGAAACCAAUCAAUUGAAACAAGACCUCUGAAGUGUCUUGUAGGUUAUAACCUUGCUUUCUUCCUGCAGUUACCCAUUAAAAAAAAAAGGGUAUGGUUGAUUCGCCUGGACAUUUUUUGUUGGGUGAAAAGCUCUUGCCACAAUGUUUCAUUACUCAUUUCUUUUGAGUCUGGUACAUCUCUUGAGACAAUUUUAAUAAUGCCCAGGUGCAUGGUUCUGAAGAUUUUGUAUUUGCAUAUACUUUUGAAAAAUGAAAGUUACACCAGUUUUUGAGGGGAGAGCCUGAUAUCAUGAUUGAGUACUCCAGUAAAACCUACCAUAUUUCAUUUCUAUUACACCUUUAUUGAUGAAAGCUAUAAGAUAUGCACAGUGAAUCUUUUAUUCUUCAAUUUUAAAAUAUUUUUUAUGUCUCUAUUUGUUUAAUAUUCCUUGUAGGACUAUAACUAGCAUUUGUAUAAUAUAUCUUUAUCUCUAUUUUGAUCUAAAAUUGGUUGUUUUGGUUGUCAAUAUUCAGUUCUUUUAUUUAUUUGGGCAGGAAUGAUAAAAAACAAUUCAGUUAUGCCCCAGCAUUUGUGAGUGGGGGGUUUAAAUAAAAGUAUCUUUUUCACUGAAGAUCAUAAAAAUGUAGGGCAAGGUAAGAUUGUAUAUUGCUUUGGAAUUGUGGCAAGAUAAUAUGUAACAAGAUUGUAUAUCACUCAAAACUUCAUUGAAUUUUUAGCUUUUUGGAAUAAUGUGUAUAUCCUAAACCAAUUAAAGCUUGGAAUCAUAGAUCAACAAAAGAAUUAUUAAAAGCAAAGAGCAUAAUUCUGUUAAAUCACAAAGUGUAACGCUUCACAAUGAUUUUGUAAACUUGGCCCUGCUCACAUGCAGGUGGUCUAGACAAAACAAAGCUAGCUAACAUCACAAAACUAAAUAGACUAUAUUGUUAAUAAAAGUUGAGAGUAAAUUUGGUUCUUGCCAUGAUUUUUACAGCAAUGUACAUGACAUAAUAGAUGUCAGGUAUGCUUUGAAUUUUUUUGUUUGAUUUUUAUUCUCCAGUUGGAAUCAAAUGUUCUCAUCCUAACUCAACCCGUCAAUACGUCAAACAUAUUAAAGGUAGGUAUCAUCAUUAUCACAUUGAGAAAAAAAAGAUGUGUUGAUUGUGAAAAAAUGAUGAGGAUGUUGGAUGUAUUGCAUUCUUGUACCGUGUAUACAUUCUCUUGCUUUUACAUGUAGCACUAUUUGACAUAAUUUGAAUGGUAAAGUCAACUCUGCCUAAGUGUAUUCAGCGCAGGGGAUGUUGUUAAAAACAAAAUCCAAGAGAGCUAUAACUCAGAACACCAGCUAUGUGUUUUGUAAAAUACCAUUAUCAAACCCCAGAUGAAGUUUAAAGGCAUCCAAAAUUAGAAUGCAGGAUUUUACCAUGUUUUGAAACUUGUAUUAUCAAAUGUCAAUGUACCUGUGAAAACACAUUUAUAGAUAUUGAUAAUCGACUGGGAGUACAAAAAAGCUUUGAAUUUAAGAAAAGUUAAAUUUAAUAGGCAUGAUCUUAUUUUCCACAAAAUUGUGUCUUAAAGAAAUUGUUAAUGAAUGUAUCAAGCGUACCUCCUCUAUCCAUUAUGCAUUUAUUACAAAGAAACUGACAAUUAUUUUAUUUUGCAAAAUUAUUCUUAUUUGUUACUUUCAUUGAUCUUAUUAAUUAAAUAGACUUUUUAUUGUGAUAUACAUGUACUUCCUUCUAAUUGCAGUGAAUACUUCUUAUUUCAGCAGAUAUUCUGAUUUUUAAAAGGAAGCAUUAUCUUUAAUGAGUUAACAAACAUGACUAAUAUCAGUUGUUGUCUUCUAUUUUUAUAUGCUUGAUAUGCAGAGAAAUGGUCAGUUUGUCAGGGUUUGUCUUCAGAGACUGUUUCUAUACUGUAUUUGAAUAGCAAAUGUAGUUUGUAAUUUAACUAUUCUAGAAAAGGAACUGUUUAUUUUUCAGACAUGUUUUAUUGCUCAAGUAUGAAUGGUAAAAGAAACACUAACUUUCAACAUGUGCAGCAAAUGAUAGAUAUAUAUCACAUUCUUUAUGAUGUAAUAAUUGCAGAGAACAGUUGAAUAUGAAAACUAUUGCAGGAAAUAUAAUGAUAAUUUUUAGGACAUGUUUACAGAUCUAUUUUAAAGUUAAAAAGAAUGAAAACAUCCAAUUUCAUCACCAUACAUGCAUUUUUAUCUGAUGAUACAAAGCACUUCGAAGCUGUUGCUUAUUACAUCUUAUAGUUUAGAAGUUUAGUUCAGUUAUAAAUAUCCUAUUUGUCUCGCCCACCAGAGGUGAAGGCGAGACUUAGGGAUCCAAAUGUCGUCUGUCCAUCCGUCACAAACAUUAUGACACAUAACUCUGCCACCGUAAGUCACUUUUCAACCAAACUUGGAUUGUAGAGGUACUUAGGGGGCCUGCGUGUUAUACUGCAGUCCAAGGUCACAUGUUAAGGUCAAAGGUCAUUUUCGGAUCAAUGUUAAAGUUUACAUGCAAUACUCUUAUGACACAUAACUCUGCAACCGUAAGUCACUUUUCAACCAAACUUAGAUGGAAGAUGUACUUAGGGGACCUGCAUGUUAUGCCGCAGUCGGAGGUCACAUGGUAAGGUCAUUUUCAGGUAACAAUAAAGUUUACAUGCAAGACUCUUAUGACCUACAACUCGCAACCAAAAGUCACUUUUCACCCUAACUUGGGUUGUUGAUGUAUUGAGGGGACCUGCAUGUUAUGCUGCAGUCAGAGGUCACAUGGUAAGGUCAAAGGUCAUUGUAAAGUUUACAUGCAAGACUCUCUUAUGACACAUAACUCCGUAUCCAUAAGUCAAUUUCAAAUCAAACUUGGGUUGUAGCCGUACUUAUGAAACCUGCAUUGUGUUCAGAGGUCACAUGUUAUUCCAUCCAAGUUAUUUCACAAUGAACUUUUGAUACAAUUCUGUUGCGUGCCCUUGCAAAUCACGAUGUUUCUGGUCAUUUUCACAGAGGGCGAGACACAUUGCUUAUACCUUGUCAUUGAUAAUGAAGCUCAAAUAUUUGUAAGAGUAAUUCUGCAGCAACUGUUGCAUAUUUUUUGUAUUGGUUUCAUGUGUAUACUGUAUUAUGUAUACUUUGUAAAGGUAUAUGUAUGAAAUGCAAACAGAUAAUAAAAUCUUGUAAAUAACAUCAAACUGUGGGAUCUUUUUUUUAAUGUUCUCAUUUUAGUAGUCUGAAUACAUCUUACUUGUGUAUCUUCACUUGUGUGUGCAAAAGAUCUGUCUG